AUGGAAUUAGAUCCUGUCACCUUUACUCUAAAUAAAAUAGCAAUUAGCUAGGAAUUAGUUAGCGAUGUAGUUAGCAGUAUAAUGUAAACUAUAAUAUAUCACAGGGCAUUAGGAACAGUGUUUGUAAACUUCUAAUAAUGCUAAAAGCUCACGAAUACAACAUAUAUGUACUGUGGUGAUGAAUAAGUAAAUGAGUCCAUAAAAAAUUUGAUUAGCUAAAUAGAGAAAGACAUAUAGUCAAAAUCAGAUAAAAAUUUAAUUGGAUAAAUAAAAUUGACAUUUAAAAAUUAAGAAAAGACAAAGUAUUUGUCCUUUUUAGACAAAAAACCUGCUAAAGUUUUUGAAAAGUGGCUGAUUUCUUUAGAAAUAAAAAAAAAUUAAGAAGCUAUUAACAUUCAAAGAGUAGAAAGUGAUAUUUAGAAUAUAGUAUUUUAAAUAGUAGAUUUUGCAAAUAAAAAUUAUGAUCAUAUUGAUGAAUCCUACAUCUCUAAAUCUAAAGAUAAAAUUGUAGUGUUUCCUUUUGAGAUUGAAUGGGUUUCUUAAUAAUCUAGAAACUGA